AUGGCUGCUGAGAACAAAGGGCUCGUUUGUAUGGAUGCUGAGAACAAAGGGUUAGUUUGUAUGGAUGCUGAGAACAAAGGGCUUGUUUGUAUGGAUGCUGUGAACAAGGUGCUCAUUUGUAUGGAUGCUAAAAACAAGGCGCUCGUUUGUAUGGAUGCUGAGAACAAAGGGUUAGUUUGUAUGGAAGCUGAGAACAAAGGGCUUGUUUGUAUGGAUGCGGAGAACAAGGAGCUCGUUUGUAUGGAUGCUGAGAACAAGUUGCUCGUUUGUAUGUAUGCUGAGAACAAGGUGCUCGUUUGUAUGGAUGCUGAAAACAAGGCGCUCGUUUGUAUGGAUGCUGAGAACAAGGCGCUCAUAUGUAUGGAUGCUGAGAACAAGGCGCUCGUUUGUAUGGAUGCUGAGAACAAGGCGCUCGUUUGUAUGGAUGCUGAGAACAAGGAGCUCGUUUGUAUGGAUGCUGAGAACAAGGCGCUCGUUUGA